GCCGCGCCUUUUCCUGUCAGCGGAACGCUCGUGCGUAAAGACGGCGGGUCAGCUGACAGCUAUCAGGAGCGGAAUCCUGCUGGGACACCGUUAAGGCUAAACCGGGAGCAUAAAGAGCGGUGGUGUUCGUGAGGGAAGCAGGGAGGAGUUUGGUUUCACCAUGGCAGGUUGGGAUUGAGAAGCAGCCACAAUGAUCGGAGGACUGUUCAUUUACAACCACAAGGGGGAGGUCCUCAUCUCCCGUGUCUACCGAGAUGACAUAGGACGGAAUGCCGUGGACGCGUUCCGUGUGAACGUGAUUCACGCCCGGCAGCAGGUCCGAUCCCCGGUGACCAACAUCGCCCGCACUAGCUUCUUCCACGUGAAGCGCUCCAACAUUUGGCUGGCGGCCGUCACCAAACAGAAUGUCAACGCUGCCAUGGUGUUCGAGUUCCUUUACAAAAUGUGUGACGUUAUGACGGCCUACUUCGGCAAGAUCAGCGAGGAGAACAUCAAGAACAACUUUGUGCUCAUCUACGAGCUGCUAGAUGAGAUCCUGGACUUUGGCUACCCCCAGAACUCAGAGACUGGAGCCCUCAAGACCUUCAUUACCCAGCAGGGCAUUAAAGGACAACACCAGACAAAAGAGGAGCAGUCUCAGAUCACCAGCCAGGUGACGGGUCAGAUCGGCUGGCGGCGUGAGGGCAUCAAGUAUCGCCGCAAUGAGCUCUUCCUGGAUGUACUGGAAAGCGUUAAUCUGCUCAUGUCACCUCAAGGGCAGGUCCUGAGCGCCCACGUGUCGGGCCGAGUCGUGAUGAAGAGCUACCUGAGCGGAAUGCCUGAGUGCAAAUUUGGCAUGAACGACAAGAUCGUUAUCGACAAGCAGGGCAAAGGAGGAGCUUCUGACGAUGCUGGGAAGAGUGGGAAGCAGUCUAUAGCCAUCGACGACUGCACGUUCCACCAGUGUGUGCGUCUCAGCAAGUUUGAUUCUGAGCGAAGCAUCAGCUUCAUCCCUCCUGAUGGAGAGUAUGAGCUCAUGAGAUACCGCACCACUAAGGACAUCAUCCUGCCGUUCAGAGUAAUUCCUCUGGUCAGGGAGGUGGGUCGUACUAAACUGGAGGUAAAAGUGGUCAUCAAGUCCAACUUCAAGCCCUCACUGCUGGCUCAGAAGAUUGAGGUGCGAAUUCCAACGCCCCUCAAUACCAGCGGUGUGCAGGUGAUUUGUAUGAAGGGAAAAGCCAAAUACAAGGCCAGUGAGAACGCCAUCGUCUGGAAGAUCAAACGGAUGGCUGGGAUGAAGGAGUCCCAGAUCAGUGCGGAGAUCGAGCUGCUGCCCACCAACGAUAAGAAGAAAUGGGCCAGGCCUCCAAUUUCUAUGAACUUUGAGGUUCCUUUUGCUCCAUCCGGCCUGAAGGUGCGCUACUUGAAGGUGUUUGAGUCCAAGCUCAACUACAGUGACCACGACGUGAUAAAAUGGGUGCGGUACAUCGGCCGCUCUGGCAUCUACGAAACACGCUGCUGAAGUUCGACCCCACCAGGCGGCAAACUGACCACCUCCCUCCCAUCUAUACUGUUGAGGAUUUUUUUUUUUUUUUCUUCUUUCCUCCUCCCUUUGUCUUUAUUCUUCCCUCGGUCUGUAUCCCUUCUUAACUAGAUGUGGAGAUUGAAUUUAAAUACAAAAUAAAAGAAUUAUGGUGUAAUUCAGAUAUAUGCAAAAUGUGAACCGUUGUAUCGUAUAUAUCUAGUAGUGAUGAGUAAAGCUGUUCAUCAUCUCGUGUCUGAUAGAGACAAGUGAUGCUGGGGGCUCAGGGGGAGAGGACAGGAGGCUUCAUUUAUUCAGUGUUAUUGUUCCUUUUCUCCACAUACACAAGUCCCACGUGUCGGUUCACCCCGGUGAGUUUCAUUGUUGUGAUUUAAAACGAUUCCUGAUAGUUUCCAUAUGCCCCAGUAGUCUACCGUCUGAAUAAACUGAACUUGUCUGCUCAUCACUCGAGGGUGAAAUCAUUUCUGGCAGUCUGUUUUAGAUGGUUGAGAAAAAUGAAUUGCGUUGUGGAAGUUUGGUUUUGUACUUAAACUAUAUUCCCAUUGUCCUGCUUUUAGUCAAAGUUCUAUCAGGCAGUCUGAGGUUGGACCGUUACUGAGUAGAUUAUUGUGACCCAUUCCCACAGAUAUUUUCUAAGCACUAAGAUUUACCUUUGACACACUAUUUUGGAUUCAAAGAUCAGUCUACAGGGUUUGCAGUGAGGUGAGGGCUCCCCCUGGUGUCUGCUUCACCACAGUCUGCUUCUUCAUGUUGUUGCCCUGGUGACCGUUCUGUCCAAUAAAAUCUAUGUAACCAAA